GAGAGGAGCAGGAGAAGUGGAGGAGAAGUUGCCAAAAAGCAAAGAAAGCUCAAAACUUUGGCCUCUCUUUCAUCUCCUCUCAUCAAAAUUAAAACCAGAGAAAUUAUCUGAGAGAAGGAGAUGGAGACAGCAAACCCUAGAACCGCCCAAGCAGACCCAAUUACCAGUCAAAACAAACGGAUUAAUGUAAUAGCAUCUAAGUUUCCUUUGAGCUUUUGGGAGAUGACGGUGGCUGUAAUUGUCGUUCUGGGUUUCAUUUUUGGUCUCUUGGGUGUUUAUUUAACCCUGCCUCCUUCCGAUUAUAGCUUCCUUAAGCUCCCUCGUACCCUUCAAGAUCUUCAAAUCCUCAGAGAUCACCUUGAGAGCUACACAAGUGACUACACGGCACAGGUCCUUGUGGGAUACUGUGUGGUUUACAUCUUCAUGCAAACUUUUAUGAUUCCGGGGACUGUUUUUAUGUCAUUGCUUGCUGGUGCGCUUUUUGGGGUUUUUAAAGGUGUGGCCUUGGUUGUGUUCACCGCUACAGCUGGUGCUUCUUCUUGCUAUUUCCUUUCGAAAGUUAUAGGCCGGCCUCUUGUAUUCUCUUUGUGGCCUGACAAGCUGAAUUUCUUCCAAGAGCAGGUAGCCAGAAGAAAACAUGGCUUGUUAAACUACAUGCUUUUCUUAAGACUAACACCAACUUUGCCAAAUACAUUCAUUAAUGUUGCUUCACCAAUAGUUGAUAUUCCGUAUCAUAUUUUCUUCCUGGCAACCUUUAUCGGACUCAUUCCUGCAGCUUAUGUCACUGUCAAGGCUGGUAUAGCUCUUGGUGAAUUGAAAACGAUGGGGGAUUUAUACGACUUCAAGUCGGUUGCCACUCUAUUCCUUAUUGGAAUUGUCUCUAUCACCCCUACAUUGUUGACCAAGAGUAAACCAUAAUGGGACAGAAAGAAGAAGUUGUUUAUGAUCCACAGUGUUUGAGCAGCUGUGUAAGCGCAACUUCAUCUCUUGCAAAUCAGCUUCAAAGAAAUGCAAUAUGCAGCUCUUCCUGUUUACGGACUUGAUAGCUGAUGCUGCAGACGUCAAUGAUGCUUUUCUCGAGAAGGUUCAACUAUCGACAAGUUCUCUUCGUGGCUUAUGCGAGCUGUUAGGAGUUGUUCGGAUGGAGGGUGGUCGAAAAAUGUAUAUUUUCUAGUUAGAGUAGCUACGUCUUCAGUUUUCUGUAUCAGUGUAGUAAUGGCAAACCUUAUGGUUUCAGUGUUCUGUUAACCAUACAUGGUGUAUGAUAACCAGUUUUUAAUCUUAUGAAUGAAAAACAACUUUAGCAAUGAAA